GGUGUGUUUUUUGUGGCGUUCAAAAUAUUUUUUUUAAGGAAUUUUUUUUUUCUAACAAAAGGAACCGCCAUUAAGUUGGACAUUAACGUUUCAAACUUUAAAUCCAAACGGAAACAGAAUAUUUGAAACAUUAAAGAUUUCAGAAUCUAUCUGACAAAAAGAAAGAAAUCAUAUGAUUUAUUUGAUAAUGCCAUUUUCGUAUAAACGUUAAACCGUCGUAGAAGAAGAAGAAGAUGGGGGUAUUCCUUAAUUCUUGUCAGGUUAAUAUAAUUAUGGUAUCUGUAGAUUUGAUCCACCGCUACUUGGGAUUUUAGGUCUUCUCAUAACCAGAGCCAGUAAUUCCAAACCCUAGGUUUGGGAAGUAAACGGCGACAGAGGUGAGGAUGGUGUUGGAGGAAGCGAGGAGGCGGAUCUCCGGCGCCGUUAAGGAGAUGUGUAAUAACAAAAUCUUAGGUGAUGGUGCUGUGGAGAAGUGCAUGUACGAGAUAUCCGCAGCUAUGCUUCAGGCCGAUGUUUCAAUACCAGUUGUGAAGGAGAUGGAGCGAAGGAUCAUGACGAAGUGUAAACGAUACGAGAAGAAGAUCAUUCAACAGGUCUGUUUUCUUCUUUCAUGAAUUGCUAUUCUUUCUUUCUCUGGUUUGAAUUAUGGGUGAUAAUGCAGGCUAUCUUCGAUGAGAUGUGCGUGGUGCUCGAUUGGGGCAAACCUACAUUCAUCCCGACAAAGGGUGACCCCAGCAUUGUCCUGGUCGUCGGGUUACGAGGCUCUGGGAAGACCACCACGUGUGUCAAGUACGCUCGUUAUCACCGCGAGAUGGGAUAUAGCCCGGCUCUGGUCUGUGCCGAUACUUUUAGGGCUUAUAAACAGCUUAAGCAGAGCGCUUGGAGCGCUGGGGUUCCAUGUUAUGGAAGCUACAUUGACUGGGAUCCUGCCAGAAUAGCCCGUCAAGAAAUAGAAUGGUGUAGGAAAGACGGACAUGAUCUUAUUAUCGUGGAUACUAGUGGCCGCCAUGAACAAGAAGGUGCCCUCUUUGAAGGAAUGCGCCGACUUGUUGAAGCAACGAAACCGCAUCUUGUUAUACUUGUCGUGGACAGCCGUAUCGGUCAAACUGCGCUGGAUCAAGCUGCAGCCUUCAAGCGAAAUCUCGGUGUCAGAAGAGGAGCUGUUAUUCUCACUCAUUUGGAUGGCCACCCCAAGGGAGUUGGCGCUCUCAGCGCGUAAGUGUGCCACUAUGUUGAGUUUUGCCUUUUGGCAUGGUUCUAUGUUUUAUCGCAGCAGCGGUUGAUGUGGUUGGUUUUGUCUUUUAUCUUCUCCCCAUUGAAGCGUCGCGUCAGCCAAAAGCCCCGUCGUAUUCGUGGGAACGGGAGAGCAUGUUGAUGACUUUGAAGUCUUUGAUGCCAAGCCUUUUGUGAGCAGCCGUCUCAUGGGUA